AUGACUUAGAUCUCUUAGGAAUACAAUUUAGAAUAUUUGGGUAGGUAAAUGAUACAUUAACUUUAGACAAAGCUUCAGACAUUACUAAAGUUCAAAUUUAGUAAUAAAGGCAAUUAAUUACUAUCAUAAGUGUAAAUGAUAAAGAUGCAAGGGAUAUAAUAUAUUAUCUGUAAGAUAGAUAAAGCAUAGAUAUAUCAUAAAUAUCUCUUAAGAAAAGAAUUAAAUAAUUUAUAUUGAGUUUACCAAAAGUUUCCAAUCCAAAUUCAACAUUUAGACUUAUGUGGGAAUUAGUAAGCAUGAUAUUCAUAUUUGUUCAAAUGAUUUAAAUUCCAUUAGUCUUAACAUAUUCAGUAGAGUUAAGUUUUGGAUUUUAGAUAUUCAAUUAAUUGAUGGAUGUGUUUUUUUAUAUAGAUAUGGCAUUUAAUUUUAAAUUUGCUUAUUAUUAUAGGUACUUCUGUUUAUGUAUUUUAGAGGUGAAAUUAUUUAUGAUAGAAAGAAAAUUGCAAUUAAUUAUUUAAAGUUAUGGUUUUGGUUAGAUUUUUUAGCAGUAUUACCUUAUGAUCAAAUGUUCAAUGCUGAAGAAUCUUAAGCUUAAUUAAUAAAAAUAGUAAGAUUAUUUAAGUUUAUAAAAAUUGUAAGAUUGUUAAGAGUUCUUAAAAUCAGUAAAAUACUUUAAAAAUUAGAAGGUAAAUUCAUUUAUUAAAAUUUUAAUAGAAUCUUUUACAUUGGCUUAAUCAUUUUAAGAAAUUAUUUAAUUUUUAAAGAUUGCAUGCUUAAUUUUAAGUAUUGCUCAUUGGAUAGCUUGUAUUUGGAAUAUUAUUGAAUAUACAGAUGAAUAAGUUCAUCUUACAUGGAUGCAUAAAUAUGGUAUAGAUAAUGCAGAUUGGGAAAUCAAAUAUAUUUCUGCUUUUUAUUUUAGUGUAACAACUAUGAUAACAGUUGGUUAUGGAGAUAUUAAUGCAAAUACACAAACUGAAAUGAUAUUUGCUAUAUUUGCUAUGGUUUUGGCAUCAGCAAUAUUUGGUUAUAGCAUGUCUAGUUUUAUGCUUAUAAUAGAAGGGGAAGAUGAGAAAAUAUAAGAGUAAAGGAUAUAGAAUUCUAAAAUUAUUAGGUAUAUUUAUUAUAUAUAUAUAAUUUUAGAUAUAUUAAAUAAAAAAGUAUACCAAAAGAAUUAUAAAGUAGAGUUAAAAAUUAUUUAGAAUGGUUAGCAGGAUCAGCUCAGAUUGCUAGAAAUUAUGAAUAAUAUGUAUUAAGAAGUUUAUCAGCAAAUUUAAAAACAGAAAUUAUAUGUUUAAUGAAUGGAAGAAUUUUACAUAAAGUAUAAUUAUUUAGUAAAGAAUUCACUCCUUAAUUAAUUAAUAAAUUAGUUUAUGUUUUAAAUGAAUAGAUUUUAGGACCUGAAGAAUAUAUUUUUAAAGAAAAUUCACUUGAUAAUGAUAAGAUUUAUUUCAUUUAAAAUGGUUAAAUUAAUAUAUGUAUAACUUAAAGAGAAACUCUCUUAAAAACAUUAUAAAAAGGAGACUAUUUUGGUGAAAUAGGUUUCUUUGGGAGAAAACCAAGAAAUGCUUCUGCAAAAUCAAUUGAUUUUGUAAAUGUAAUGAGUUUAACAAGAAUUGAUUUAUGGGAGGCAGCAAAGCCACUUGAGAGUGAUUUAUUAAAGCUCUAUUUUAUGAAAGAUUGUCUUGAGGUUGAAAAUAAUCUCAAACCAUUAAAAUUAAGAUGUUAUAUUUGUGAUAGACCACAUCAUAUAGCCAAAAAUUGUACAGUCUUUCAUUAUAGAGUAAGCAGAAAAAAUAUCAUACUAGAAUAUUUUAAUCAUGAAAAUAUCAGAUAAAGUUAAGAUAGAAAAAUUAGUAAAAAAGUUAAACAUAAUUUACAUAAAAUAUAAGAGGCUGCUCUUAAAUAUUAAACUAAUUAAAAUAGAUGUGAAAAGCAAAUUAAAAUUUUAUAAAAUGAUUAUAUUAUUUAAGAUGUAAAAAUAGCUUUUGAUAUUGAUAAACAAAAAGAAUAUUCAGAAUUUUUUAAUGAAUUUAAUAUUACUAAUGUUGCAAAAAAUAUUAAUUUCUUUGCUGAUAUGAUUUUAACUGAAAUUGAAGAAAAGAAAAAAUCAAGAUCCCAAUCUAGACAAACUCAAAAAAGACUUAAAAAUUAAACUAUUGCUCCAAGAUAAUCAAAAGCUACUAUUGGAAAUAUGGAAAAUAUAUUAAAUAACAAAUCAUUAGAAAAUUCUUCAUGUUUAUCUUCAGAAAAUUCAAUUAGUUGUAUUGACAGAUUAAAAAGUAAAUCUAAAAGACUUCUUGAUCUAUAAUCUUAAUAUCAGUAUGUAAAUAUUAUAUAUUCUAAUAUAGUGUUGCAAGAAGAUCAUUAACAAAUACAACUCCAAAAUAAUUUGAUUUAAUAAAUAAUCAUAAUAUACUUGUAAAAAAGAUAAAGAAUCUAAAACAUAAUAGAGUAUCUUCAGUAACUAGAUUUACCUAAAAUUGUAAUGCAGAAUUAUAUAUUUUUAAGAAGGAAACAUUUAUGAGCAAAUUCAUCCCACAAUUAUUAUACAACACAAAAUUCAACUAAUUUAUAAAUUGA